AUGUAGAUGUCCAACAGAUUUACAAGAUGCUGCGCAAGGCGGACAUUAAUGAGGACUGCUAGAAGAUCCAGUCGUGAUGUCGCUAUUGACUUGAAGUCGCUGGUGUACGACUUCGCCAUGACGAAACACGUUAACGAUGCUUACACAGAAGCUGAGAGUGAUCUCUGA